AUGGAAAAUGGUUCUCCUUUAACAAUCAGUGCUAUUUUUGAUAUAUAUAAAGAAGUUGUUAAUUUACAUGGUCGACAGUAUUCUUCAGUAUUAGCAACAUUGAUUGAUUUUUAUAAGAAAGCAAAAGCAAGAUAUUUCACAAAACAACAUUUUCUUGAUAUUGUAUACAAAAUAUUGGUAUUACAAAGUUCAGAUCUUGAAUUGAAUGAAUUAAUUGAAAAUAUCUUUGAUGGUUUAGAAGUAUGA